UACUAAUUACAUUAACUAUUGACUAAUUAAGUGAAAAAUCGAAAACAAUUUCGACGUUCUGACAAAGUUUUUUAGACCGCUUUUCGUCCCCUUCCUUUUUGCGUAGCGCGAAAACUAUUUAAAGCAUCAUGUUGAAUUAUCAACAUUUGGACGCGUCUGCUGAGCCAACAUCCGGUAGUUUCUUCUUUGGCAGCAGCAGCAACAGUCAUCAAGUAUCCUUGGAACACAUUCACGGUGUUGGUAGUGUCGGUUGUACUGGUGGUGGAUUAAUAGCAACCACCACCCCCAUUGAGCAUCCGUCUAGUGUGGCCAGUUACAAUAACGUUCAUCAUAGUCAAGGAUCGAUGUUUCAUAGUGUUUUCAAUGGCAACACCGAUGUUGGCAAAAGUAGUGAAUUUUUGAAUUCGAAUAAUAAUAAUAAUCAAUUUAGUAGCAUGCACGUAGCGACGGUAAAAGGAUCUGAGAAUGUGAAAAGAUUUUCGGUAAAUAAUCUUUUGCAAUUGGCAAGUGACUGUGAUAUAACCAAAAUGCAGCAAUCGCACAAUUCUGCCGCCAAUAAUACGAACUCCAAUGCUGCCCCUGAAAUGGAAGUGAUGGGUGAUGGUUUCCGAAACGAAUAUAGUUCAUCAAUAGACGAUAGACAAAAUGGAUUAAGGAAACCACGAAGAAAUAGAACAACUUUUACCAGCGGGCAGCUGACAGCUCUGGAGAAAGUAUUCGAGAGAACACAUUAUCCAGAUGCGUUUGUGAGAGAAGAACUAGCUAACAAGGUCUCUCUUAGUGAAGCUAGAGUUCAAGUUUGGUUUCAAAAUCGUCGUGCAAAGUUCCGUCGGAAUGAAAGACGAUCUGCAGGGACAACAACCCCACAACCAGUACCACCAAUUACGACCGCACAUAAAAUGGAAAAAUCUCCAGCAUUAUUUCAUCAACAGAUGGAACUACCUCAUCAUCCAUACCAUUUGGGUUUUCCUGGAAUGGGAAUCUACUCAACAAAGAAUUACAACAGCAGUUAUAGUGGGUUUGCGACGGCGGAUACUAACAAUGCGGGUUGCUCGUUUCUGACACCUUCUAAUUACUGUGGAGCAUCGUCCUAUCAACAUGGCUAUGCGUCAUUUCGGUACAAAAGUCAAGGAUUUCCUUCAAUAUGACAAGAGAUUAUUGAAUCAGCAUUAAUGUUAACACAAAGUUUAUACUAAUUUAUUUCAUAAUUAAUGUAGAUAAUAAGAAAAACUAACUAAAAUCAAUUUACAAAAUUUUGAAUUUGGUAAAGUAAAUAUAUUUUGCAAAUG